GCUGGACUGAGUAUGUGCUUUCAAGGUUGAGUUGAUGGGAGCGGUCUCAAAGAAAUUAUAUCCACGUUCAGCUGUGUAAACGGACUGAGCAUUUCCACGGUUCGUUUAUAAUGCUGGGUUACAAUAACUCUUCAGAUUUCCAGAAGAUCGGCCUAGGUUUACUUGCUUUUGGAGUGGGUUUUCUUUGUCUUGGUGUCCUUUUUUUCUUCGACGGUGCUCUAUUGGCUCUAGGCUGCUCCUUAAAGGUUCUUUUCUUAGGCGGAAUAGGAUGUCUCAUUGGGCUACAGAAGGCUUGCACAUUCUUCUUUCGCCGUACGAGUUUAAAAGGAGCAGUUUUCUUCUUUGGGGGCAUAACCGUCGUCCUUUUUGGCUUCCCUUUCAUAGGAAUAUUGCUGGAAAUUUAUGGAAUGAUAAAUUUAUUCAGUAAAUUUAUCCCAGUGGCAAUCAAAUUUUUGUAUGGUGUUCCUGUAAUCGGUUGGAUCUUAUGGCUUCCCGGGAUUAACGGAGUAAGUUUAUGUUUAAAAGUAGCGUAAUACUUCCCAUUUUCAGCUGACUAAUUAAAGUUCGACUUAAAAUCGAAAACUAAUAGACAAACUCUUUGCCCAAACUUGAUAUUUUCUCCUUAAUACAUUGCUAAACUUAGCAGCUUCAGAAUAUAACGUAUACUUAAAUGUUUAAUCAUUAACCUGGGCUUCUAUAACGCGCACUUCAAAAUCUUUUUACACUGAAGUUAUCCACUUUGUCUUAUCAUUGUCAACUAUUAUUAUUCUAUAUUUCGUCUGCAUCUAUUAAUAUGGCUAAGUUAUCGACAAUUAGAUUGAGACAUCUUAACAGUGUAGAAUAUCUGGUUGGUGUCCACGUGAUUAUCGUAAUCAAUGGUAAGAGACUAGAUGACAUCGGUCAGAACCGUUUGCAAAGACGAAAGUGCACUCAUUCCUAGUCUUCUCUAGAAUCUGAGUCCCGAAAUCCGCUUGUGCAUAUUCUUUCCUUUUUUGUAUGUCCAAUCCUUUUCCUACCACUACUGAAAUAAUUGCAUGUCACCAUGGGAAUUUGAUAUGAAAACUUGAACCGAUGCAUAUGUGUAUGAUGAUGAUCACUUGGCUGAACUAGAGGUAAGUAAAUUGACUAACAGGUUUUAACCAAGUGGUUUACCAAUAAGGCAAGUCUUGUGUAAGUUGUAAUUCCCUUAUUUGAACUACGAGCUUUGAUCAAUUACAAGAACACUAAGUACUUCAUGUAGUUCAAAAAAAUCACCUGCUUGAGUUCUGGGUUAUUGUUAUUUAACUAUAAGGGUCACUCAAAUCUCUUCCAUUGAGUUGCACAUUCGAACUUUACUUCACCUACUUCGGUUUUGGUUGAUGGGUUGUAUUUUUAGUCUGAGCACGAAUAGUUUAGCUCAAACUCAGAUAUUAACUUGUACUUGUUUGGUGAGUUACAUCACUUCAUAAGUUCUUCAAAGCUUACUUCUAAUAGCCCAACAAUCGUUGUAUUUAGUGAUGCUACAGCUUCCUUCAGUUAGUUAAAAAGGACCAAGCUCUACAAUUUUCUGUGAGCUCCAAGAUUAUUAAGGUCUGUUUCUUAUUUAUUACACAUUAAAUAUGGUAAAAGGGGCAUGAAAAAUCUAAUGCGCUACAUAAAUACAGAGGCAGCAUUGUAAAGAGGAAAAGGAGAAAAAGACAUUACAUUCAAAGAUAAAAAAGAAGUAUACAUGAAUAUUAUGCAAUAAAACAAUACGGUUCGGUUAAGGAUAUAGCCAAGAAAGACUUUCCGUUAAGCAGAUUACUUUUAUUUCUAUGAAAAAUGUAACAGAAAACUGACAGGGUUGUCUUCGGCUUACAGUCUAGGGCAUCUGGUACUGUCUGUUCACACUGACUUCCACCAGCUCCAAGAUCCAAACUUCGCAGUCUUGAUCUAUCAACAAAUCCCAGUCUUAUAGGGCUUUCUUUGAUACGAUUGAAUCAUGUCAUAAACCAGACAUCACUUUUUUUCAGCCAGUCCCAGCUUCGACAAAUAACCCAAAAUAUGAAUGUCGCUGUAAUGAAAUUCUAAACAUAUAUCCAAGCUACGGAAGCCGGUGUUUUAAAGUCGUAACACCAGUUGAGUUAUUGUCACCGUACGCGAACACAUUGCCGAACCUCAACAUUACUAACAUAGGGUUGGCAUCUGGUAUGAAUAAUUUUUCCGAGGUAAUGUUGAUCAGAAGUAGAGGGACACUGAACAUUCUCAACUAGGGAAAUCCACGUUCUAAUGAUGCAUUGCAAACCUGACUUUCUACAGCCAGAUUGACAUCAAGAUGACAGGCAUCAUUCUAUCUAGGUCGACCCCAUCUGUCACAUCACCACAACUCAGAUACGAAAACAUUUGUUUACUUUUAACGGGUCACCACCAAGAGUGAGUUCAGAAACAGGGUCCUGAUAGUCUUGCGAAAAUAAUUUUCAGUUAGAAGAUGCUAAGUAUCUGCGUAAAACACGUUAAUAGGCAGAAGGAAUGUAGCUUUAAUGUGAGAAGUUACAAAGUAUUUACAUAACAUAUAUACCUAGCCUUCAAUCGUCCAUUUCCAUCUUUCUGUGUUCUGCCGAUGCCGUGUUUUCGCUACAUUGAAACUCUUCACUCCGUCUGACAACUGUCGCAACUUUGAUGCCAUGUUCCGCUACGCACUACUUACAAACAUCCUUGCGAGUAGCGUCCACUACACCUGUUGUACUUUUAAUUACUGACUGUAUGUUGGCUAAGUACAAUUUCGAUAUGUUGAAUAUCAGUGCACUGUAUUCAAGACUAAAGAAUCUUUCACCAAGUGAUAGACCUACACUACCACAACAAAGUUUAUCAGAGUUGUUUCCAGAAUAUCGUCGAUCAAAAUAUUGAAGACCCUGAAUUACAAUGUUGAUUGCUUCUCACUUAGCAAACACAGCUGAAGGUUGCUCCUUGUCGGAGAUCAGCGUUUGUCAACGACAUAUUUCCUGCACAUAUCUAUUUCUUGAGAAUUAUUUGUUUUGUUUCCCGAUUUCCAUUUAUAACUAGCUGGGUUUAUUUACUUCUAUGUUUAUUUUCUGGGACAACUGAGCCAAAAAAGUGGCACCAGUUCAUAUAGUCAUCGGCUGUUUGAUUAAGUUUCAAGUGUUCGGCCAUCGUCUUUCUUGGCAUACUGCUAGCAGGUAAUGUAGGUUAUUCUUAGAUUUGGGAACGUCUAUUUAUGCGUAGUAGAAAUCGCGAUCUAAUAUUAUUUAAAUAUUGAUAAAAUGACAUUGAACACACAUACCUGCCAGUGACUCCUAUGCGAAGCGUUGUUUGUUGGAUCUCGUAUUUAGUGGAGAACAGGCAAUCACCCCAUGAUGUAUUUCUGCUAACCCACGGAUGUCUCAGUUGGGUAAAAAUCCACCAGCAUACUGCGAUUCGUUUCAUUAGCUUUUGACGUUACUAGACACGUCUCAAAAUAGAAGACAACAGGAAUCGUUCAAGAGUUCACUGUUGCUUAGCAAUGUAUCUCUUUAAUCAUCCAAAAUUUAUUUCUUUUUGUAUGGAGCAUACUUUUAUUCCAUGUCGUAUGAAUCAUUUUUGUUUUAAUUGAGUGCUAUGCUUCUGUCCAUGCGUAUUAUUUUUAAAUAUCAUACUUUCUUUCUAAUGACUUAAUCUAUUGCCCUUUUUUAUUUUAUCAACCUUGAUUAACUUCCAUAUACUUUGUAGUUUGUACGUAGACUCAGUCAAUCCAAUUCAAUGGUAUGAUGAUGCAUACAAAAUGGAACUUUAUGUAGAUCAUGUUUACCUUUUGAUGAACACAAUAUAAUGUAAUAUUGUGAAAACAAGUUUGACUCUCUCUUUGUACAUGUUUUAAUUUUGAAAAUAUAUAAACAAAUUUCUCUACGUUUUCUAUACUGUAUAUGUCUUUAAGUAGUGUUUUCUUUACCCCCCCCCCUCCUGAAAAACAAAAACCUGUUAUACGUAAAGUUAUUUAAAAAAAAUUGAUCCUAUUUAUCCUUUCAAAUGUUCAUCUUGAUACUUUUAAGAGAGAGAGAGAGAGAUAUUAACGAUUGUUCUCUCACUUUUUCUAAUUUUAAUAAAUCAUUGAAAUAUUGUAAUGUGUAUAAAUUUAACACAAAUUAGUAAACUGAUUGAAC